AUGAGCAUCCACAUGAAGGGUCGUUGCGUCUGCAAGAACUUGCAGUACUCACUAGAACUCGAGUCUCUGGACGAUGCGAGAACCACACUGUGCCAUUGCAACAGCUGCAGGAGGGCGUUUGGAACCAACUAUGGCCUCACGACAAAGGUCCCCCUCCAGGACUUCAAGUACGAGACCGGCACGCCAAAGAAGUUCAAGCAACACAAUGGAGUGACAAGAGAGUUUUGCGAUAACUGUGGUGCCUAUAUCUGUGAAUACGGGGAAGAGGCAGCAGACAAGUUCCGGUACAUCAUGUGGGGUUCCUUUGACGAGCCGGAAAAGGUGCCUCCCAAGGGCGAGUUCUUCUGCAAGAACAAGCCCAAAUGGAUGCCCGAUAUUUCAGACACCUUCCGGAAGCAGGAGAUCAAGGAGUAA